GGCGGGGCGCGGCGGCCGUGCGCGUGCGCCGUCGGGGUGAGCAGGCCUCAGGUCAGCUAAGAAGUUCGUCUAACCGGCUUCCCCAUUCUGUAUCAGACACUAAAAAGCCUUGGUUCCUCCAUUUUUGCUUUGCAAAAAGGUGAUGGCUCGGACCAUGGAACCGCUGGCUAGGAAGAUCUUCAAAGGCGUUCUGGCAGCUGAACUUGUGGGGGUUUUUGGAGCUUAUGUUUUGUUUAGAAAGAUGAACUCCAGCCAAGAUUUCAGGCAAACAAUGAGCAAGAAAUUUCCCUUCGCUUUGGAAGUUUACUACAAAUGCAUUGAACAGUCUGGAAUAUAUGGAGUUAGAGAGGGCGAUCAAGAAAAGUGGUUGCAGAGCAAAAAUUAAGGGUGAGUAGAAUCUUAAUUCACUUGGAAGCUCUCAUUUCCUUUGCCGUCUGGGUUUUUGAGGGAUUUUCAUCUUCUUCUUGAAAUUUUUCUUCUUCUUGAUGAUACUUUUCACGUCUCUGUUGUGCAGCCAAUCAUCACGCUCAGCUUCCCACUUCAGCUGUUUGAAACCUUUAAGGGGAAAAGAAAGACGAGUCCAUGUCACUGUAGACUGGACUCCCACAGAAAGUCCUGAGUGUAACUCAACUUGAGGGCACAUGGCCUGUGGUUUCCCACCCACCGUGAAAACCCACUGUGGGUUCUCUCCUAUAUUUUCUGAGUAUUUUACAAAUGUAAGAAUAGAAACUAGGAACAUUAGAAAUGAUGAAAAAGAUCUUCAAUCAUAGAAGAGCAAACCUUUAGACAAGUCAGAAUAAAACAGACUGACUC